AUGCCCUUCACCCGACACACCCUUGCUGGCCCGGGGGUGGAUGGCACCCAACACAACUGGGAGAGAGAGAUUCUCAUGUGAGUCACAGACAUGCAGCCUCAUGCUCUAACUAUACACAAUGCCACACAGACACAAACACACACACACACAGGCACACACACACACACACACAGUUUCACUAUUAAACAUUGGCUGACUAUUCAAGAUUUCACUUUGCUCAAGAAAAAGUAGCAGAAUCCACAUUGAGUAGCUGUGAGUCAGGGGGACCAUCGCAAAUGGCACCCUAUUCCCUACAUACAGUGGCUUGCGAAAGUAUUUACCCCCCUUGGCAUUUUUCCUAUUUCGUUGCCUUACAACUUGGAAUUUCAACAAGCAUUUUGCUACGGCUGGCCAUGCUUGCCACCUGGCUACCCCUACCCCGGCCACCAGCUCUGCACCCUCCGCUGCAACUUGCCCAUGCCCCCCCCCCCCCCCCCACCCUGUUCUGAAAGAGCUGCAAAAUCUGGACCCCUACAAAUCAGCUGGGCUAGACAAUCUGGACCCUUUCUUCCUAAAAUUAGCCGCCAAAAUUGUCGCAACCCCUAUUACUAGCCUGUUCAACCUCACUUUCGUAUCGUCUGAGAUCCCCAGAGAUUGGAAAGCUGCUGCGGUCAUCCCCCUCUUCAAAAGGGGUGACACUCUAGAUCCAAACUGUUACAGACCUAUAUCCAUCCUGCCCUGCCUUUCGAAAGUAUUUGAAAGCCAAGUUAACAAACAGAUCACCGACCAUUUCGAAUCCCACCGUACCUUCUCCGCUAUGCAAUCUGGUUUCCGAGCUGGUCAUGGAUGCACCUCGCCACGCUCAAGGUCCUAAACAAUAUUAUAACCGCGAUCGAUAAAAGACAGUACUGUGCAGCCGUCUUCAUUGACCUGGCCAAGGCUUUCGACUCUGUCAAUCACCGCGUUCUUAUUGGCAGACUAAAUAGCCUUGGUUUCUCAAAUGACUGCCUCGCCUGGUUCACCAACUACUUCUCAGAUGUGCCCUUGAGUAAGGCACUUCACCCUAAUUGCUCAUGUAAGUCGCUCUGGAUAAGCCAGUCAGCUAAAUUACAAAAAUGUAAAAAAAAUAGAAUGUAGGGAGGGCAGUAAUUUUGUUAAUAGUUCCUCGCCUGUCUUAGGCUUGAUGAAGGAGCGUAUGUCUUCCUUGUACAGAGGGAGGUAUGGGUACCUAUUGUCGUUUGGGGUUCCAUUCUUGUGAGAGGCUUGUGUUGUGUUCUCGGCACGCUGUUGGCUGCAGUGAGGAUUGUGGGUAAUUGUGAUGUAGGAGACAUCAGCCUGGGAGGGGUGGUAAUUGCGCCCGUUGUCUCUCUUCUUAGGACACCGGGUUCCGCCGCCCGUCGCGACCACGGCAACCAACACAUUACCGUGCCACAGCGUAUUGAAUUUAGGGAGUAAUGCAAUUGCUCUAAUCAGAUUAUGCAGAAAAAUCUUAAUCAUCUAUAGAGAGAUUGUUGACAAUGUCAAAGAGACACGUAAAAUGAUAGGGAUAAAUGGUCUGGUCUGGUAUUGAGGCCUGUGACGUUUGUUUUUAGUACAAUUUCAGUAGUGAUUGUUUAGGAUGUUUUAUGUGUUUUGGUUAGAGUGAUAGAGCGAUGUAGGGACGGUUCUGUUUCAGAUAAGCUAUCUUUAUGUGUCUUCAGGGGAUUUUUAUUAUAGAAUCAGGGUUAUAUGAGAGAAAGCAAUCUUAUGUUGAUAGAAUAUCACACAUUCUUAUAUUUAUCUAUCGGUCUAGUGAAAAGGGUCUUAAAAUGUGAGUUUAUAGCUCCCAUGUAUCAUCAUAACAUUCUACAUUUUCAUCUUUAUGACUGCCAGUCAGUGGUCCUGCUAGGGUUAUGUAGAAGACUCACACUAGGGCCCUGUUCUGUGGGGCAGGUAGGUGCCAUACUAUCAGCUCAAUAAGGCUGUCAUGUGCGUGUCCUCCUCAGUGAUGCCAACGUCACGGACGUGCUGUCGGACUCAGAGUCGGAGCUGGGCGGUCUGGAGCAGCUGGAGAGAGGCAGCACGGAAACCCUGGCCAAUGGUUGCCGUGCCGACUGCGACGCCGCCAAACGCCUGGCCAAGCGUCUGUUCUACCUGGAGGGCUUCAGACGCUGUGACGUGGCACGCCACCUGGGCAAGAAGUGGGUUUUCAGGCAUACACACACACGACCACACACACAAGUGACCACACACACACACGACCACACACACACGACCACACACACACAAGACCAACCACACAUGACCACACACACACGACCACACACACACACGACCACACAGACACACACACACGACCACACAGACACACACACAUGACCAUGCACACACACACACUGUCAUUCAGUUCCACAUUGAUACACAUGCAUACGUCUCACAGUGUUUAUAUUGUAUUCAUAUGUAUUUUGUAUCAUCUUAAAAGUCACAUCUCUUUCUCUCUAUCGCUCCCCAUCCCCCCCUUCUCUCUCUCCCUCCCCCAUCCCGCCUCCCUCUGUCCAUCCUGCAGUAAUGAGUUCAGCCAGCUGGUGGCGGCAGAGUACCUCAGCUUCUUUGACUUCUCUGGCCUGUCAUUGGACAAGGCCCUGAGGUAAGAGCAGUCAGCUCCAGUCAACACUAUACUCACAGCCCUGCUCACAACACAUUAGCCUAUCGCUGAUUUCUCUGAGUAUAGAGCUGUAGUGUGUCUCUAUUUUGCGAUACAGUAAACUGUCAACUCCUGGUAUACAGUAUGCCAUGAUUUGGGACUGUCUUGAAUGCAUGUGUUAAACCACAGCAUGCAGAUAUCCAGAGUAAAUGAACAUGUUUAUAUUGGGAGUGGUGAACCACACUUACACUGAGUUUGCACUGAAUAAAUGUGCAAUGUACUGUACUGUACUAAUCUACUGUAGCCUUAGUCUUAAGAUGACAUUGACGAUUUUCAAACCAAAGUGAGGAAACCUGUGAAAGAAGGUUGUAGCAUAUAGCCUAUAUCACUGUGCGGACAAAUACAAUCUGCAUUCUAGCCUGAAAGCAAUACUGCCUGCUCACUCGUUGGUCUUUGACCUAAUUCUCAGGAACUUCCUGAAAGCCUUUCCUCUGAUGGGUGAGACCCAGGAGAGAGAGAGGAUCCUGGUCCACUUCUCUAAAAGGUUCUGUGUCUGCAACCCCACAGCCCUCGCCCCCGAAGGCAAGGACAGAUCCAAACGGAAUGAUGAUGAUGAUGAAGAAGAUGAUGGUGAUGAUUUAUAAUUAGGGUGGUGGGGCGGGUGGGGAUAGGGCUGUGGUGGGUUAUUGUCUUACAAAUGAUCUCACGGUAAUUAACAUAAACACGUUUAGCAUCUUCUCCACUCAUACAAGCCGCUGAUGCACGCCUUUGGAACAUCUACAUUUUUAAAAAGUAGAAUAAAUCCAUUUGAUAUAUACCAUCACAAUAAAUCCAUUAUUUAUUUUAGGCAGGUCUAAAGAAACAUUAUUAUAUGAAGAUGUAUUUCAGUAGAACAGAAUAUGAGUUGGCCUACUGUAUGUUACCUGGCUAUGCUCCAUGCCAUAGGCUGUAGGCUUGUCCAUUUAGCAGACAAGAUAUGCUUUCAAGUCCUGUGCCAUUAUUUUAUAUUAUUUUAUAGUAAGAAGAAUAUAAUUGAACUUAGCUGAAUAAAAUAGAAAGGAUAUUUUUCCCAUUCCGGAGCGAGUGUGCAUAUGAAGUGGCUAUGUUGAGUGUAAAAGUGAUCAUUUGAAACAGGUCCUAUACGCUAGAUUUAGAGUUAUUUGGCAACUUUAGUUGUGAAUGAUACAAACCGUAGAAUGUCUUAGAAAUCAAAACAUACAUGGGCUGCAUGGUGUGACUACAGGCUAUUGAUGAUUUGAGAAAGUCGCAAAAAAAAGCUUGCGCUCUGUUCCUUGCCUCAGGCUGCACGUGCUGUUCUCUCAUCAAGUGAUCAUAUUUUCACCCAUCAAAUCAAAUGUUAUUGGUCGCAUACACAUAUUUUGCAGAUGUUAUCCUGGGUGAAGCGAAAUGCUUAUGUUUCUAGCUCCAACAGUGCAGUAAUACCUAACAAUACAAAACAAUACAUGCAAAUCCCAAAAAUAAAAACAAAGGAAUUAAGAAAUUUUAGAAGAAGCAAUGUCAGAGUCAGGAAUAUAAAUAUAUACACUGAGUAUACCAAACACUAGGAACACCUUCCUAAUAUUGAGUUGCUCCCCCUUUGCCCUCAGAACAGCCUCAAUUCGUCGGGGCAUGGACUCUAUAAGUUGUCGAAAGCGUUCCACAGGGAUGCUGCCCCAUGUUGACUCCAAUGCUUCCCACAGUUGUGUAAAGUUGUCUGGAUGUCUUUUGGGUGGUGGACCAUUCUUGAUACUCACAGGAAACUGUUGAGUGUGAAAAACCAAGCAGCGUUGCAGUUCUUGACACAAACUGGUGUGCCUGGCACCUACUACCAUACCCCGUUCAAAGGCACUUAAAUAUUUUGUCUUGCCCAUUCACCCUCUGAAUGGCACACAUACACAAUCCAUGUCUCAAUUGUCUCAAGGCUUAAAAAUAGUAUUUUUUACCUGUCUCCUCCCCUUCAUCUACACUGAUUUUAAGUGGAUUUAACAAUUUACAUCAAUAAGGGAGCAUAGCUUUCACCUGGUCAGUCUAUGUCAUGGAAAGAGCAGGUGUUCAUAAUGUUUUAUAUACUCAGUGUAAAUAUGUAUAUUAUGGACAGUAUAUGAAUUGCAUAUAGAAAUGUCUGGGCUUAUAAGAACACUUAUUUCACUCCACACAUCAACCACUGUUUGAGGAGCAUGCAGCCUCUCGCUGCGUGACAGGUGAUAUUCUGUAUGUCAUGGGCUCUCCAAACCUGUUCCUGCAGCUACCCAGUGCUUAAAGGGAUACUUUGGGAUUUUGGCAAUGAGGCCCUUUAUCGACUUCCCCAGAAUCAGAUGAACUCGUGUAUUCCAUUUUUAUGUCUCUGUGUCCAGUAUGAAGGAAGUUAGAGGUAGUUUCGCAAGCCAAUGCUAACUAG